AUUCUGUAAAUGUAAAGAUAGAAAAAUCCACAUUACGGCACGCACAGGGUUACUGCGUACGGUGUCGUGUGAAGCGUCGAUCCAUGGAGGUCUUGUCACCAAAUGCAGAAGGGGAGACCGGGCCUGGUGAGCUGGGGGCCUUACGGCUCUCAGGCUUCCCUACCCACUGCCAACUCUGCCAUUCGCCUGGACUUUGUGAUUUCCAAGAACUUCGUGGUGACCCACAGGAGAGGAAAAAAGAAGAGGUAAAUAGGUGAAGUUAGCUCCCACCACAUUACACAGGUUUGGAUUCAAAUUGCAAAGCCACAGUGAAGUGACGGGCUUGACAACCUGCCAUCUUGGACAGGCCUGCGCUCCUCUUCAUGGCUCAGAGGUGGCCUGGUCCACAUGGGUGGGAUCGAGCAUGUCCAGUUGCCCUGGCACAGUCUGUAAUCGAGCACACGGUAUAACCACUGUCACAAACUUGGUUUCAUGUGAGUAGCAAUUCUGCUUCUGUAGCAUGUCCCAGCUCCGAGUGAAUGUGUUCUGUCUAGCUGCCUUCCAGACGCAGAUGACCUCUGUGGUCCCUUUAAUAGUUCAUCAGAAUAGCAUGUGAAAUUCAUUUCAAUUCCCUUUAACCAAACUGCCCCGAGGGCAGACACUGCCUCCACCUGGUGGUACCCAUGGAUGGUUGCUCCCUGUUGUAUUGCCCUAACCCGGGCUGGGUUAGUGACUUCUGCCAGUGACACUUCUCCUCCUUGCAGAGUGUCGAGCCACUGCUGGAAGAAGACGGGACGGGAGGCCAACAGGACGCCGUGUCUCCAUGUCCCCAGCCUGUGCAAGCUCUAGGAGCAAUAGAGGGGUAACAAAGAUUAAUCGCCCAUAUAUGAAGCAUCCUCUUGCGUGACCGAAUCUCUGUGGUUAGCGGUGACGUCCAUGGCUCGGCUCCCUAUUGGCAUUCGCUUCCUCGUCUCAUUCUCAAGGGACCAGUGGUACAGAGCCUUUACUUUUUUUUUGACAUUUUUGCUGUACGCAAGUUUUCACUUAUCUCGAAAGCCUAUCAGCAUAGUUAAGGGUGAGCUCCACAAGGACUGUGCUGCUGUGACCGAGGGUGAAGUCCAGUUCAACAGCCUGAGCAAACAAACCAGUUACCUGCCCCCUCAGCAAGCACCCCAUAAUGGGACCGACUGUGGCUGGGUGCCGUUUGAUAAGGAAAACUAUCAACAACUGCUUGGGGCCCUGGAUUACUCCUUCCUGUGCGCUUAUGCGGUGGGCAUGUACCUGAGUGGCAUAAUAGGGGAACGCCUGCCAAUUAGGUACUACUUGACCUUUGGGAUGCUUGCCAGCGGGGCCUUCACCGCCUUGUUUGGGUUGGGAUAUUUCUACGACAUUCACAGCUUUGGAUUCUACGUGCUCACUCAGAUCAUCAACGGCCUGGUGCAGACCACUGGCUGGCCCAGCGUGGUCACCUGCCUCGGUAAUUGGUUUGGCAAAGGAAGGCGAGGUUUGAUUAUGGGCGUCUGGAAUUCCCACACCUCUGUGGGCAACAUUUUGGGGUCCUUGAUUGCUGGCUACUGGGUGUCCACAUGCUGGGGCUUGUCCUUUGUCGUGCCUGGGGCCAUUGUGGCGGCCAUGGGGAUAGUGUGCUUCCUCUUUCUCAUCGAACAUCCGAAAGACAUCAGGUGCUCUUCCACGCUGUCCACGCAUUCCAAAGCCUAUGAGACUGGUACGAACAGAUUUAGAACCCAGAAGCAAAUCCUGAAUGAAAAGAACAAGCCUCUGGACCCAGAGGCACAGUGCUUGCUGCUGUCGGAUGGGAGCAGUGGUGUCCAUCCUAACCACGUCAUCAUCCUCCCUGCCGAAGGCGGAAACGCCAUGGCCGCCAUCAGCUUCACGGGGGCCCUGAGAAUUCCAGGUGUGAUAGAGUUCUCUCUGUGCCUGCUCUUUGCCAAGUUGGUCAGCUACACUUUCCUGUUUUGGCUUCCACUGUACAUCACGAAUGUGGAUCAUCUUGAUGCUCAGAAAGCAGGGGUGCUGUCCACCUUGUUUGAUGUGGGCGGGAUCUUCGGUGGGAUCCUGGCAGGUCUGAUCUCUGACCGCCUGGAAAAGAGGGCCUCCACCUGUGGGCUGAUGCUGCUGCUCGCUGCCCCGACGCUCUACGUUUUCUCCGCCAUCAGUAAAAUGGGCCUAGAAGCCACCGUAGUGAUGCUGCUGCUCAGCGGGGCCCUGGUCAGCGGGCCGUACGCACUGAUCACGACCGCUGUCUCCGCCGACUUGGGAACACAUAAAAGUCUGAAAGGAAAUGCCCAUGCCCUUGCCACUGUGACCGCCAUCAUCGACGGAACAGGGUCUGUAGGAGCAGCAUUGGGCCCUUUGCUGGCUGGGCUCAUCUCCCCCUCUGGAUGGAACAAUGUGUUUUACAUGUUGAUGUUUGCAGAUGCCUGUGCCUUACUGUGCCUGAUCCGCCUCAUCCACAAGGAGCUGGGCUGCACAGGGACACCAGCGGGGGACCAAGUUCCGUUUAAGGAACACUGACCACGUUAGUCUCGUGCUUCACAAACCGUCCUUCACGGAAAAGUUCAAACAAAGCCUCCUGGGUUGAGAAGAAUGAUAGACCCUUGCGUUUUGCACAGGAACCUGGAUGAAACGCAAAUUCAAACUUGCGAAUUCCUGGAACCAUUGCAACUACACGCAGAGCCUAGGACAGCAGCGAGGGCGUAGGUGGGUGCGGUGCCUGGGUACCCACCCAAACCAGGAAAACACAAACUCUGACAACCAGGUGCCUCGCGGCGGGUCUCACCCCAUCACUCGGCUGGGUGGAUGAAACCAGUGGCGACGCUGUGGCUUCUUAGAUGCAGACGCUGCCUCUCUCCGGUACUGAGGUAGUAGAAUGUUAAGGGGACGGCACGCUGUACUAGCAGGAGCCCUGACCACACACGUCUGUCACUUCAGAGAUGCCGAAUGUGCCGCCUACAACAAACCCACAGGAAAACGCCAGCUAGCCAAGAGGUUGGCGUUACGAAGCAAAUAACAACAUAGAAAACCUCAUUCAGAAACCAAGACGGACUCAGACUCGUCACUUGACCCAAAAGAUCUUCCCAGCGCUUCCUUUGACUUUGUGUGAGCUGCCAGCUGAACGGCAGUGAAACCACCCACCCUGGUGACGGGGCCCAGGCACCUCAGGAAGCUCCAGACACAGCCGCGCCCACCUGAGCCCCCUCAGAAGGGCCACGGCAUGGGGUGGGGGGUCACACGCAGGGCUGUGAGCCCUCGUCUCAAGCUCAGAGAUCUGUUCCACUCCAAGAUCCGCGCACACCUGGGGACGGUUUUUAGAUACUCAGUAGCAGAGAGGAUGUUAUUUAUUUAAAAUGUGUGAUGCAGUGUAUGAAGUUUAGGAACCCUCAUCGGCAUUUCAUUAUUUAUUAAGACGAACUCUGACUGCUCUGGGGCCGAUUGUUUUCCUGGCUGUUGCAGAAAAACACUUACCCGCCCUUUGAAAUAAAUGUUUUGUCUUAAAAAAAAAAAACUCCAGCGGAACGCUCAGAUUGAUCAUUACUGCGCACGUUUCCACUGGGCUGUAAAAAGAAAACUUCCAAACAGAGCGUGUGCUCUUGGUUUUCUCGGGAUUGGACACGCUCAGUGGUUUUGCGGCCGAGCUGAGGCCACCCCUGCUCAGGAACAGGCCAAGCCCAGGCCGCUGCAAGCCCAGCUGUCUGCGUACUUUGCAAACCCUUCACUGAAAUGUUGCACACCAAGCAAGGGCAGAGGUGCACUUGAAAACUAUCCAUCUACACUCAUGUAACUCAUGUAACAGUGGAGAUCCGGCUUCAGACCUUUCUUCUUAGAUAUUUACCAAGUUUGCACAGCGCACGUCUUUCUCAGAGGUGGAGCUCCAUGAGUUUGAGCAAAGAGAAAAAAGAAACAAACAAAAAACUGGAACAGAAUAUCCAAUGUAUUUCAGUAUUUAAAUAGC